GAACUGAAACCGCGAGCCUCCGUCUCGUUCCCGGCGGGCUCAAAUCGAUUCGUCGGCGUCGCCUCCUCCGCGGCGCCUCCUCGGCUCGCCGCAUACCCGCUCCCGGGCCCCAACCGACUCCUUCAUACCAAGCAAACCCUAGCCCGCGGCCACCUCCGGCGUCCGCCUCCAUGGACCGGGAAGACGCGGAGGAGGGCUCGGCCCCGAAGCGACACAAACGUAGCCACCAUCGCCACCCGGGGGACGCCGCGGGGGCGGAGGGGCGUGUCGGCGCGGCAUCGCUGGCUCCGGGGGAGGCGGGUGAAGGCGCGAUCGCGCUGGACGAGGGCGCCGCCGCCGCGGACGCGGGGAGGGCACUCACACCUGCUCCGGUCUGUUCCGAUCCGCCCCCGUGCUCUCUGUUACCGUUGGGUAAUGCGUAUAGGAACCUGAUGUUAAUUCUGAUGCAAACUUUGCGAGAUCUCCACAAUCAGAAAGAGUUAAGGAAGAAAAUCACAAGGAUGCUGAUUUGAAUGAUCCGAAAUCAAGUGUUACUAAUGUCAGGGAGGAUACUGAAGAGAAUUUUGAACAAAUGGUAUCAAAGCUAGGAGGGACUGCUCCUGAAAAACACAAGGCUGAAGCAAGAAAGGGGGCAGAUGUUACUCUGAAGAAAUACAGCGAGAUACAGUUGCAGAAGCAACAACUAGAAAUUGUUUGCUGCAGUAAUAAUGAAGAAGGUUCUGUGAUCGGGCACACAUCUCAAAGGAACAAACAUCAGACGGUAGACUGCCGGGGUGGGAUAUCUGGUAAUCAGAAAAUGAUGGGUGUUUCGGGUCAUGGAGAGGGCAUUCCCAUGAGUGAAAGAUCAGAGGAUAUAUUUGCCAAUGAUAUUUUUGGAGAAUCACCUGUUGGAGCCCAAGAACUGGGCACGAAACGUGGCUUCCUCAUCAAGGAAAAUGCUCAUCGUGACAAUUGGGACGGUCCAGGAGGAUAUUAUUCUUACCGCUGUGGAGAGCUUCUACAUGGACGUUAUGAAAUCAUGGCAGGCCAUGGGAUGGGAGUCUUCUCUAAUGUUGUCCGGGCAAAGGAUCUUAAAGCUGGGAAAGGUGAUUCUAAUGAAGUAGCUAUCAAAAUUUUAAGGAACAUUCCUGUGAUAUACAAGGCUGGUAAGCAAGAAAUUUCUAUAUUGGAAAAGCUGGCUAGUGCUGAUCCUAAAGACAGACGACAUUGUGUGAGGUUUAUUUCUAGUUUCAUGUAUCGAAAUCAUCUGUGUUUGAUCUUUGAAUCUCUUCACAUGAACCUUCGUGAGCUUCUAAAGAAAUUUGGUUCUGAUGUGGGGCUUAAGUUGACUGCUGUAAGGACAUACUCGAAGCAGCUUUUCAUCGCGUUGAAGCAUCUUAAGAGCUGCAAUGUUCUUCACUGUGAUAUCAAACCGGAUAAUGUGCUGGUAAAUGAGGCUAAAACUAAGCUGAAGCUGUGUGAUUUUGGUAGUGCUAUGUCUGCUGGAAUGAAUGAGAUCACGCCUUAUCUUGUGAGCCGCUUCUACCGUGCACCUGAGAUUAUUCUUGGGUUGCCCUACGGUCAUCCAUUGGAUAUGUGGUCAGUUGGCUGUUCCUUAUUUGAACUUUACAGUGGAAAAGUCUUGUUUCCUGGUAAAACGAAUAAUGACAUGCUUCGGCUUCACAUGGAAUCGAAGGGUGCACUUCCGAAGAAGAUGCUUCGCCAGGGAACCUUUGCAACGGAACACUUUGAGCAGGAUUUUAACUACUUCAAUGAGAAGGAUCCGGUGACGAAAAUGACUGUGAAGAAACAUCCCGUUAUGAACAUCAAACGACAGGAUCUUAGUUCAUUUGUUUCAAGCUUCCCUGGCGAGGACCCAAAAAUGCUAUCCAACUUUAAUGAUCUCCUGAAAAGAAUAUUAGUGCUAGAUCCAGAAAAGAGGUUAAAGGUGGAACAGGCACUCAGCCAUCCAUUUGUAUCUGGCGUGUGAAAUUCAGUACAACUUAGAAACUGAAAUUUUGGGUUGAACUCGUUUAGACUCGUUUACAUUUCUAUCCUUUUCCUGUGCCUCUGGAGCUUUAAUACCAUGAUAGCUGUUUGAGACAUGGAACGGAUGACCAGCUUAGAUACUGUAACACGCGAGCUUGGAUAGAUUUAUAAUAUAUCGUAAGACCGCUUGCUUGAAC